UCCUUCCCCACUCUGCAGAUCAGCUGUGCACUAGGCUAGUUGCUAUCUGAGCUGACAGGCCAUCCAAGACAUAGCCUUCCUUGGACUAAGGCUGCCCUCCUGGCCCAGCCUCAGGAGGAGAUGCUUUCAGUAUGGCUCCUCUACCAGUGGAGUGGGCUGCAGAUUUCUUAGCACUCGGGGUGCCUGGAUGGACUGGUGCUUGGAGUCCUGAGGGGAGGGGCCCCACUGGGGUGCUUCUGCAGAGUCAGCAGGGAAAGGAGGCAGAGCUUGGGGGUGGUCAGGGCCUGAUCGGGAGCAUAUAAGUCCGGGGUAUCUCAGCUUCUCUUCCCACCACUACUGUCCCACAACACGGCUUUUUGGGGGCAGAGGCAGGGAGCAGCAUUGGAGGAAGAUGGAAACAGAGAUGAAUGGUGACAACGUCUACUUUUACACAGAAAACCAGAGUGUUUCCCUGCACCCGCCAGGUCCGGACUCCUCAGCAGUGGCUCCCGCAGCCCCCAAGACUUCCAGGCUUGCUCAGGCCACCCUGGCGUUUAUAAUUGUGACCAUUAUCAUCUCUAUUAUUGCUCUCUUUAUUAUGGUUCUGCAGAACCCAAGAUCUAAACCAGGAGCCUAUGCCUCCUCCCAAGAGUAUCCAGGAGACAACACUACUGGGCAGUUACCUGUGGAACCUGACAAUCCCUACCACUCUGGUAGGGUGGCAGAGUUGCAAGAGGCUAUCCAGAUGUUUAAAGACCACAUGGAGAAUUCCAGCACCUGCUGCUUGGAGAUCCAGAUGUUGACGUGCAGGGUGGACAAUGUCAGUUCUCAGAUCCAGAUGCUAAGAGGUCAUCUGAAAAAUUCCUGUGCUGACGCUCAGAUGGUAGAAGGCAUUCUAAAAGAUGUCCACACCUUGAGUUCCCAGACCCAGAUGUUAAGGAGCUCCUUGGACGGGGCCAGUGCUGAGAUCCAGAAGCAAAAGGGAGAUCUGGAAAAAGCAAGUGCCUUAAAUUCCCAGACCCAGACUUUCUUAAAAAGCAGUUUAGAAAACACCAGCCUUGAGCUCCGUGUAUUAAGUGGAAGCUUAGAAAAUGCCAACACUGAUAUUCAGGCAUUGAAGGCAGGGCUGGAAAUGGCAAACUCCCAGGCCCAGGUGGCAAACAGUAGUUUAAAGCAUGCUCAUGCGCAGAUCCUUGUUUUGAGAGGCAAUCUGGAUAGCGUCAAUGAUUUAAAGGCCCAGAGUCAGGCUUUAAGAAAUAGCUUGAAAGGAGCCACUACUGAGAUUCAGAAGCUAAAGGGAAGCCUACAAAAUGCAAAUGCUUUAAACACCCAGACUCAGGCCCUUUUAAAAGGCAGUUUAGACAACAGCAGUGCUGAGAUCCAGUUAUUAAGAGGUCACCUGGAAAGCGCUGGCAAUGAGAUUCACUUGUUAAAAAAAGGUUUGGAAACGGCCACUGCCCAGACCCAAAUGGCCAAUGGCCGCCUGGAACAGACAGAUGCUCAGAUCCAAGUAUUAAAAAGAGAGCUGGAAAAUGCCAAUGCCUUAAAUUCCAAUAUUGAGGCAUUAAAUGGUCAAUUGAGAAAUGCCAGCAGAGAGAUACAGACCCUAAAACAAGGAAUGAAGCGUGCUGAGGCCUUAAAUUCUAAGACCCGGACGUUAGAGAGCAACCUGCAGAAGGCCAGUGCUGAGAUCCAGAGGUUUAAAGGAGAGUUAGAGAACUAUAAAACACUAACUACCAAAAUCCAGGAGGCAGAAAGGAACCUGAAGACCCUCAAUGCAACCUUUGCUUCAGAGAAGCAGCUACAGAAGACCAAAAAUCAACUUCUCCAGCUGAUCCUGCAUGGCUGGAAGGCCUACAGCAGCAACGUGUAUUACUUUUCUAAUGACAAGAAAUCGUGGCACGAGGCUGAGAAGUUCUGUGUGUCCAAUGGAGCCCACCUGGUCUCAGUGACCUCUGCGGAGGAGCAGGCAUAUCUGGUACAGUUCAUGAAAAACACCUACCACUGGAUUGGCCUCACUGACAGCGGAAGUGAGGGCUCCUGGCGCUGGGUAGAUGGGACACCAUUCAAUUCUGCCCAAAGCAGAUCGUUUUGGCACGAUAACCAGCCAGACAACUGGCGGCACAAAGAUGGGCAGACUGAAGACUGUGUCCAUACUCAGCAGAAGUGGAAUGACAUGAACUGUAACUCCCUCUAUCAGUGGAUCUGCAAGAAGCCUAUCAGCCAGGAUGUGGCCUGAGGCAGGCCGUAAAGGAGAAGUCACUGCCACUGCUAGCUCUGGGCCCUUUCCACCAAUGAUGUCCUGUGAGCCUCUGAACCCAGCCUGUUCUCUGGGGCUUUCCAUUUGUGUUUCUUGCUCUAUACUUUUAUUUCACCCUUCAAACAUGCUUACCUCAAGUGACCCAGUGGCACUGACAGCUCCUCAAGGCAAGAGCCUUGCUGUGCCUCUGUAUCCCCCUCAGCAACCAGCACAGGCCUGUCAGACAGCGGGUCCCAAGGGUCUCAAUAAAUACUCAUUGGAU